AUGUUCCAACACUGCAUAAAGCCAAGUGUCCUUAGAAUAAAGAGAAUAGGGAGGAGGAGUAAGGUAGGAACCAACAACCUUGGUUAUCAUGGAUGCAUAGGGGAGAAAAUGAGCAGGGGAUGAUCAACACUGUGGACAUGGCGGAAAACCAAAAAAGACAUCACUGUCCUCCUCCUAUCAAGAAAUUGAACUCCACCAACAGAGCACAACUCUCAAAAGGCAUCUUGAUCCACCCUUACCAGUGUUGUGGACUUAUAAGGACAACUAUUAGCAGGAACUAGCUUAGAAACAAUUUUCUUCAAAGGGUCUGUAUAAUUUUCUUGGGAAAAAGGAUUAUUUCUUCAAGAGAAAAAACACUCUUGGAAAUUGAAGAGAAGACCAAGGAUCAUUUCCAAUGUUGACUCCCCCCACCCGAUCUCAUCUAUACCUUAAUCUUGAAUCAUCCUAUGAAUUUUGGCAAUUAACAGAGAGGUGGCAAGAUAGAAGUUAGAAACUACUAAAUAGUAUUUAUUUAAAAAUGUCCAUUGCCAAUGGGAUCUGGCUUAAAAGACUCUAACAGCUACUAAAACAUCCCCAUACAUAGGAACUGGUUUUAAAAAGAACACCACCACCGUACAAGAUGUUGCCAUUAGCAUGUUAUGAUCAAAAGUUUUUGCCAUUAGGCCAGUCUUACCAACAGACCAAAGCCCAUUCAUUUAGACAAAAGUUCAUUGCUGAAAAACUAAAUCAACAUAAAAACCAACCUGUGGUCAAAGUACAAUCCCAUAGCAAAAACAUUGUAGCACCUUCCUUAAGCUCUAACAAGAUGGUCCAAAGCUGCUCAAUAUUGCCUUCUCAAGUGCCCAAAUCUCAAGUGACACUUUCACAGAGCUUCCCUAUCAGGACUAUGAAGUCAUCAUUAUCUGACACUAAAUAUCCAGGCACACCUUCACCAGACCUCUAUCACAGAUCAUCCCAUCCCAUUUCAACAGACCUAAAUUUACCUUUGUUGCAUCCCAAACCUCCGACUAUAUCUUCAUCUGACUUCAACAAGACAGCAUCAACACUGGAGGCCAAUCAAACAGCCUUAAGCUCAAAACUACCCCUCUCCAAACCUUCAUCUUCAAGCCUAAACAUUUGCUGUACAUCACCUUCACUGAAGUCUAAUCAAAGAGUCCCAAGUUCAUCAUUUUCUGCUCUCCAACACCAAGAAGCACCUUCCCUAAAAAUCAUCUAUACAUCACCUUCUUUAGGACUAAACCAAAGAUGCUUUGGCUCAACAUCACUUCAAUCAAAAUCUCAGAAAACAACUUCAUUGGACUGCCUUUGGACAUCUUUAAUGGAACGUAAUCAGAGAUCACUGAGCUCACCAUCACUCAAAACCAAAUCUGAAACACUUAACUACCUUCCCACAUCACCUUUUUUGCAGUCAAAGCAAAUGACUCUAAGUUCCCCAUUACCUACUUCCAGAUCUCAGAAAACAUCUGUGUUGAACUUCAGUUCCAAUCCUCUGAGUUUACCUUUGUCCCAUUUAAAAUUAAGGCAUCCACAUUCUUUCCACCAGCCUCAGAGUUUUCCAUUGUUCCAGUCCAAGUCUCAGACGAUAUUUACCUUUGACCGCAACUUUCAGACCUUCAGCACACCAGUUUGUCACUCCAAGUCUCAGAAUGGCACUUCACAAAGUGACAAAUACAAAGCCACAGAACUACCAUCAUCCCAUCAUUUGAAACCAAAUGUUAUAGGCAUAUCACCAUCAAGCACCAAACACGGCCUCAGGAACAUAUCUACAGUAGGUUCCAGACUAUCCAGUAAAAGCAGCUUCAGUUUUAGUACAAAGAAAGAAUCAGAUAAAGAAAUUCCCUGGACUUUAGAUUGUAGUAAUCCCUGCAUUGUUAAAGGUGGAACAGUCCCUGAGCAAGUGUUAAAUAAAAUUGUCAAUUCUAUCUCCAAGACCAGAAUCCAGAAGGAUCUCUCUAGGCAAAUUCUUUUUCGAAGAAUGAGGGGAAAGCCAAAUCCUCGGCCUGGUCCCCGCCUUUCAACAAUGUAUACAGUUUGUUUGGUUUGUGCUUCCUGCAUAAAGUCUCAAUGUAGACAUAUUUCAGGAAAGAGAGAUCCUCGCUCUGCAACACUUUUUGCCAUACCAGCACCUGAGGCCAAUUUUGAGGGGAAAAUAAAGGUGAAAUUAGUUCUCAUCCUCUGCCUGCCAGAGAAUUCUUAUGUUUCAUUACCUCUGAAAGAAAAUCAGCCUGAUGAAGUCCCUGAUGACAGUAUUGAAGAAAUGAAGAAGAUAUCACAGAUUUUACCCUCUUCUGAAUCAAAUAUCAUCCAAGGGCUCAAUAUGAAGAAAACGUGGUUGACAUGCCCUGAGAAGAAAGUCACAAGUCAGCAGCCCCAGGCUAUUGACUGGCUACUUUAUGUUAAAAAAAACAGUAGUACUCUGCUACAAUCCGAGAACCCAAACCCUUCUACUUCUUCCUCCUCCUCUUCCUCCUCCUCCUCUGCCUCCUCUUCUCCAUCCUCUUCCUCUUUUGCCUUACCCUCCUUACUCCCUUCUUUAAAAGACUCUGCUCCAUCUGCCCUCUCAGGCUGUGUAGUCACCAAGGUCCUUAGCUACCACCGGUUGCCUCCAGGGGUCUCCUGGCUUGAGUUUAUAUGCAAUAAAGAUCACCAACCACUUCCUGAAAGAUCAAAUAAAAGUCAGUCACCACCUCCCAAAACAAAGUCUGUGAGGAAUCCAACCAUCAGGAAAGCAACAAAGGGAUCAAAUGCACUGCUCAAAUUUUUCCAAAGCGUCCAAACAAAAAAUUCUGAUUAAAUUUAACUUUCUGUCUCUUUGAAAGCAAUGACCUCUUAGUUCUUUGAGAUUAAUGUCUGAUUUCUUAUCUUGCUUAUUAAUUUUCUUAGUAAAAAGUAACUAUGACUGUA